AAAUCCACCCUGCCUCAUUGUUCUUAUCCCUUCAGAAAAGGAGAAGAAGAGCACGAACCCAAAAGAAAUCACCAAAUCUAAGACAAGGGAUGGGUAAUUGUAGUGGCCUGCAGAGGCCAGUGACAUGGGUCGACGACGAGGAGGACGGCUGGGGAGUCACUGAGAGCUUGCUCUCUGUGAAGCUUCAAGAGGAGGAGGCAGCAUCAAGGAACGCUAAGAAGAAGGUCGAGAGAUCGACGGAUGUCAGGAUCAGGAUCAGGAUCAGCAAGAAGCAGUUGGAAGAGCUGCUUCACCAGGCGGACGUGCAGGGGUUGCCGCUGUGCCGUGUUCUCGCCGGCCUGGUCGGUAAGCCAGUGAGACUGGAAGAGAUGGAAAAGCAUUGGAGGCCGAAGCUGCUCACCAUACCGGAGGUCGCAGAGUUAGCUUAUUGAUCAGAUGAUUAUGCAGUAGAAUGAGAUAUAAGUUUUGUUCCUCAAUUUCUCCAGUUUUUUUUUUUUUUUUUGAAGUUGUGUAGAUAGUAGAUCAGGUUAUGUGAGUCGAUUAAAAGCAGAAAUGGUGGCAAAAAUGUCCUUUUUGGAAAUUUUUCUGUAAACGGAAGGUGCGAAUCAGGAGAAGUGCUCAGUUUGUGAUCUGCCUGUAAAGCGCAUAAAGCAAUCUAAUUGACUGAGAAAUGAUUGGUUUCAACUUUCAA